GUUAGCUAACUGUGUCUAUAGAUCGUUAGCUUUCGUUCAAUCUUAAUGCCAUCAAAAGCAUACAUUUAGCUCAAUUGACAAACACAUAGAAGCAUCCACAGAGAUGUCUUAUAUCGACUGACAUGGUAGUCAGAGCGCCUGGCCUCUUCUAAAGGCGCAGUGCGUCUGUUUUAGUUGGCCUAGUAGUUGGUUACGGAGCCACUGCUAACAAGCUAGCUAGGUUGCUAACAUCCGUUGGUUUACACUCGUACAGUAAAACCAGGAAGGAGGGACCAGACGAGCAGCUCGGCCUCAAAGGUUACUCUACUUCUGCAACAUUUAUUCAUCAAAACGAGUUCGUAAAUUCUUGUUACACGGGGAAAGGGAAAAGCAUAUAAACACGAUCCUGAGUGCAAAGAUGUCAAAGGCUCCGGAUUCUCCAGCUCGGUCCCGCUCCAGAUCCCGGUCCAGAUCCAGAUCCUACUCCCGAUCUCACUCUCGAAGCCGCUCCCGCUCAAGAUCUAGAAAACGUCGCUAUAGUUCCAGGUCUCGUUCCCGCUCUCGCUCUCACUCUCCGUCCUACAGAAACUAUCCGAGCAGGGACUAUCAGAACAACAGAGGCGGGUACAGAGGCUACAACCGAGGCUACCGGAGGCCUUUCCACUACCGGGGCAGAAACCGAGGCUAUUACCAACGUGGCCAUUACCAGAACAGGGGAGGAGGCGGCGGCUAUGGCUAUAAGGCCAAUUGGCAGGGUGGUGGUAGUGGUGGCGGCAACAGCGGUGGUGGUGGUGGUGGUAGUGGUGGAGGAGGUGGCGGUGGCGGUGGCGGUGGAGGCUGGCACGAUCGCCACCAUGACCAGGAGCAUCACUCCCACAGCCCCAGGCGGGGUCGCUCACGCUCCCGCACACCCAAGAAGCGCUCAGGCAGCCGGAGCCGCUCCCACUACUCUGACCGCUCGUCUUCGCGGGGUUCUCGGCGCUCCAGGCGCUCCAGCUACUCCUCGCAGUCCCGGUCCUCGUCACCACGUCAUCACAGCAGCAAGGGCAAGCAUGGCUCCAAAGAAGCUAAAGACAAGUUAGAAAGUCACGCAGAGAAAUCCGGUCAGGCAGCAGACGGCAGUGCCAUCGAGAAGGCAUCUGGAGGUAAAUGGAUCGACUAUGACACCAGCCCUAAACGAAUCAGCCCAGAGACUAAAAAAGAAGAUGCUCCCAGCAGUUCCGAGGACAAAGGUCCUCUGUGGAAAACCAUCGGUACCGUGACCCCUCCAGCAAAGAGCCCCACAAAGUCCGGACAAACUGCCUCCUUUAGCGGCUUUGGGUUCUUCUCAAAGGAAGACGUCAAAUCUGAAGAUAAGACGGUGAUCUCUGCUGCCUUCAAAAAGUUCUUGGCUGAGAAUAAAAACAAAAAGCAGGCUGCUGAAAAGGAGAACGGUCGCGAUAAAGAGCAGAGCAACACAGACCGAGAACUAGAGAAAGGAAGCAAGUCUGGAGAUCUUUUCAGCAUCUCGUCCAGUUUCAGCGACUCCAAGGAAGACAAGACCCUGCCUUUCUUUGACGCGGGAGAAGAGGAGUUUCUGAAGUCUCACGGGCUGAAAGAGAGGGACAUUGAUGAGGAUGGAGAGGUCAAACCCACCCUCACAGCUCGUGACAUUUUCGGGAAAUGGGGGGAUGAGCCAAGCUAUUCAACGUCCUACCCGUCAGUUAAAGAGAAAAGCCGGAGAGAUGCUGAAGAGGCAGAGCCCGUAGAUCACAUGGAGGAGGAGAUGUACCGAAGCCGCAAGCACAGCUCCAAGAAAGAGGAGAAGUCCAAGAAGAAGGAGAAGAAAGAAAAGGAGAAGUCCAGAAGGAGUCCGUCCCCUCCCGCAACUUCCAGAGAGAAGGAGCGGCCGCUGUUCCCUGGAGCCUUCCCCCCUCGUGAGGAAUCACCUGUGCGACACCUGUCUGCGUCAAGGGACGACUUUGACCUCAAAAUCGCUUCUGUAGAUGAAAUGCCCAGCUCGUCCAUGUCUAAAGAGCGCCUCGUGCCCCGAGAGCUGCCGAAUCCCACUAAGAAAGAUGCAGAGUUUCGUUCCAUUUUCCAGCACGUUCAGUCAGCACAGCUCCGUCGUAGCCCCUCUGAGCUGUUUGCUCAGCACAUAGUCUCAAUCGUGCAUUACAUCAAAGCUCAACACUUCCAAUCCUCAGACAUGUCUUUAAGUGAGCGGUUUGCCAUGUACCAAAGAAAAGCUGCAGAGGUAGAAAUGAUGAAGCCAAGGAAGAGCCCAGAAAUCCACAGGAGAAUCGAUGUUUCCCCCAGUGCCUUUAAGAGGCACUCUCACCUGUUUGAGGAUAUGGAGGAGACGAGCUACAAGGAUCCAAGUAAAAAGUUCAAAGGCGACGUCAUGGACCUCCGCCUGGAUAUUGAAAGACGUAAGAGGUUUGCUGGGAAGGAGUACAAGCGUGAAGGAGGCAGGAGCUCAGGAGGCUCCCGAGGGCCGAGCCAAGAGAGGUCCUCUGAGAAAUCUGGCAAACACCACAAGAAAUCCAAGAAGGGGAAGAAGAAACGGGAUCGCUCUCCAUCCUCCUCUUCCUCCUCAUCCUCUCCAUCCCCUUAUCCUCCAGCUUUCAGAGGUAAAGAGUUCAUGGGAGGAGAGGGGAUGGAGCACUCGGAGGAGGGCUACGGUCACUCACGUUAUCCUCCACGGGACUACAGUGGGGCCGGAGACAGAGGCCACUAUGAGGGCCACAACGCAGAGAGAGGCCGAGGCCGAGGAUUUUUCCCCAGAGUCAGAGGGAGAGGGUGGAACAGGGGAAAUUAUCCAGGCAACAACAGCAAUGGAAACCCUGCCAAUAUGAACCCUGCAGUGCGCCCUCCAGAGGAGGAGUGGGACCCUGAAUACACUCCCAAGAGCAGGAAGUAUUACCUGCAUGACGAUCGUGAUGGAGAGAAAACCUGGGUAGACACCCGCGGAAGAGGCCGGGGUUCCUUCCCGCCUCGCCGGGGACGCUUCGUCUACCGUAAAGGGGGCAGCAGCCCGAAGUGGACCCACGACAUGUUCCAGGGAGGAGAGGAGGCUGAGAUGGGAGACGACAGCAUGGAAGUAACCCGUAAAGAACCCAAGAACGCUGGAGACGCUUCCGCCCAGAAGCAGUAGAGCCGCUUGCUCCAUCAUCAUCUACAUAUUCAGUGUGAGGACGGUUACAGUGAGGGGGUUAUUCUUCUUUAGUUUCCCCUCCUAAUCAUUUAAUGGUAAAACAAUGUUGUUCAGUGAGUUUGAGCCUUCUAACAGUUAAAGUGAAGAAAAUAACUUAAAUGAAGAGCAGCCUCAUUAAAGUGUUUGUUUUUUUAUAUAAAGGUGAGUUUUUGUUUUGCAGCUGUUUCACUUUAAUUGUAUCUUUUUUAAGGGAGAAAAUACUGAGGCAACAAAGAUGAAUAUUCUCUGAAAACAUGACAAAAUAUGAAAUGCAUUUGUGCCUUAGAAAAUAAUUAUAAAGAAUAUAACUUGUGUAAUCCGGCUAUGAGCGGUACAACUGUACCUGUUUGUUAGUGUAGAAAGGCAUCAGAUGAUUUCCAUCUUUUUGUUUUUUGGGGCUGUGAUAAAUCUUCGAUGUUACUGCAUGAAACGUUUGAUUCAUACCUCGCUCCUCGGGACCAAUCGGUAGUGGGCUCAGGGCUCAUGAUCGUCAAAUUAUCAGACAUGAAAAGUUAACCAUCUUUUGAUGAACCCCUGAACGGUUGAUGUUUGUCACUUAUAGUAUCUGUGCUUUUUUCAUAUAGUGCCACUUUACAUGUAUUUCUCAUUAGAAAGUGAAGACAUUUUUACGUGUGUGUGUUACAGUAUAUUCUCAUUGAUUGUGGGUGUUUUCAGUUUAAAAAAAAAAGUGUAAAUUGUAAAGAAUUUGGCACCAAAAUCCCCUGAUUUUGCUUUAGACAGAUACGCAUUUAGGUUUUCUGCCUCUGUCAUAUCAAUUUAGGUAAGUGGCUACCUUUUUGUUUAGAUUUUUAAUAAAAAAUUAAUAGUUAUUACAAAAUGCUAAUACAUGUAUAGAAAAUAAGACCUAAAUUAUUGUAAUCUUAACAUCUGGGGGAGGGAAAACAAAAAUGGAAUAUGUUUUUUUUUUUUUUUUUUUUUUUUUAAUACAACAGUUGCAGUAAGUCUUCUAGCAAAAAGAAAAAGACCGGAUUCAGAUCAAAAAAGUGAACAGAACACGAAAAUGUGUCAAAGGCAACAAUGAAAGUGUAUAUUUUUAAGAAGAGUUGGCGCAAACUAGCAGAACUAGUUCUGUGAAUCUCACUGUGCUGCUUUGUCCCACUUGACUACAUGCUGCAUGUACCAAACAACUGUAGGACUUUUGUUUUUGUUUAAUCUGAAGCUGAAAACUUUUGUACUGUUCUCAAGAGCUUUGGAGUACUUUGUCUUUUAAUUUUCAAUAAAUCUUUCUUUGAUUCAGGGCAA